AUGGAGAGUGAAGAAGAUAGGAACCAAACCGGGAAUUCUUAUGCUGGUUUAUCUAACUUGCAGAUGAGAGCUCUCAAUGAUUCCAUGACUAACCUUAUGAAUGCAGGUUUGGAACAGAUCCAUCUCAGACUUGAUGAGAUCCAAGGUAGCCAACCGGCCAGAUCUAGAACCAGGCGAGAUCGCCCACGGAGAAACAACCGGCCGAAUGAAGAAGUCGGAGAGGAUGAGAACCAAGUCGAUCGUUCCAUCAACCGCCCAAGGAGAGGAACCCAAAACCGUGACCAAGGUGAUGUUAAUCCUUUUGCUAGAACUGAUCAAACUAAUGAGGGAUUAGGAGGAGUGAAACAUAAGAUCCCAACUUUUGAUGGUAAAAACGACCCAGAUGCUCUUCUUGAAUGGGAAAGAAAAAUUGAACUUGUUUUUGAUUGUCAAAACUUCCCUGAAAUGAAAAAGGUCAGAUUGGCCGCAGCUGAGUUUGUUGGCUAUGCUAUUAACAGGUAUGAUCAAGUUGUGACUCACAGAAGAAGGAAUGGCGGACCACCAAUCUCUACUUGGGACGAGCUCUUGGCCAUGAUGAGGAGACGUUUUGUUCCUGAACAUUAUCGCUGGGAACUUCACCGAAGGCUCAGAAGGCUUCUUCAAGGAACCAAAUCCGUGGAGGACUAUCACCAAGAGAUGGAGGUCUUGAUGUUAAAGGCGGAUGUGGACGAGCCCCUAGACGCCACUAUGGCCAGAUUUCUGUCCGGUCUCAACCGAGACAUUCAAGAUCGAAUGGAGCUUCAAGAGUAUACAAGUAUGGAGCAAAUGCUACACAAGGCUAUUUUGAUCGAGCAACAAGCCAAAAGAAAGGGCUACUCUAAACCGGCCUUUGCUCCAAAGCCUAGCUAUCAAGACAAAGGUAAGUCUCCAAUCACAACAAAUACUGAUGUUAAGACUAACACCCCGGUUCAUGUUGACAAAGGUAAAGCAGUUGAGACUAACAAUAGGGCAAGAGACAUCCGGUGCUAUAGAUGUAAAGGCCUUGGCCACUAUGCCAGCAAGUGUCCGAACCAGAAAGUGAUGAUCCUCAGGGAGAAUGGCGAGGUUGAGUCCGAGGAUGAUCAGGACGAUCUAGAGGACAAGGGCGACCACGGUUCUAUCUUUGAUGAGGAAGGAGAGUCCUUCGACUACCCACACAAAGGGCCAAUUCUAGUUGCCAGGAGAGCCACAGACGAAAGACUUGUUCCGAUCUUUGAAGAACAUUCAGACCUUGAUCUAGACUUGGCCUUUGAUGAGACACUUGAGCCGAUCUAUGAUGAUGAGGAUGGACAUCUCGACUACCCAGCUUACGGUCCACUUCUUGUUACCAGAAGAACAUUGAGUGUUCAACCCAAAACCAAUGAACGAGAACAAAGGGAGAAUCUUUUUCAUUCUCGAUGCUUAGUUUCAGAAAAAUUUUGUUCUUUGAUUAUUGAUGGUGGUAGUUGCACUAAUGUUGCUAGUGAGUCUCUUGUCAGAAAGUUAGGACUCGUGACCAAACCACUUCCUCGACCUUUCAGAUUGGAGUGGUUGAACGACACAGGAGAACAGUACGUCCGGGAACAGGUCGCGGUCCCUCUCACUAUUGUACGAUAUGAGGACGAGGUCCUUUGCAACGUUCUUCCCAUGGACGCAUGCCAUAUUCUGUUAGGACGACCAUGGCAGUUUGACAAAAAAACUAUACAUGACGGAUACACCAACCGCCACUCCUUUAAUUAUAAGGGAAAGAAGAUCACCUUGGUUCCCCUCUCACCGGCCGAUGUCCAUCAAGAUCAGCUCCAGCUGAAGAAGAGCCGAGACAAAGAGCCAAAGCCAUCCGAACCUGAGGAAUCUCCUAGGAACUCUAACUUCUUUAUCAAAGGAAGCCAGGUAAAGAAUUCCUUAAUUUCAGAACAGCCGUUUCUUUUGCUCGUUUAUAAAGAAACUCUAAUGGCUUCCUCCUCUAACAUUGCACCGGAAAUUCCGAGUGAUCUUACAGAUGUGUUGCAGGAAUACUCUGAUGUGUUUCCAGAAGAGAAUCCUAAGGGAUUGCCACCAGUCCGAGGCAUUGAACAUCAGAUUGAUUUCGUUCCAGGUGCGUCUCUUCCAAACCGGCCAGCUUACCGAACCAAUCCAGUGGAGACGAAGGAACUUCAAAGACAGAUUCGGAGCUUCUUGAGAAGGGAUACAUCAGGGAAAGCCUCAGCCCUUGUGUCGUUCCUAUUCUCCUUGUGCCCAAAAAGGACGGUUCUUGGCGCAUAUCACGUGGUCUUCUUAGGCUUUAUUGUAGGUGCAGAUGGACUCAGAGUGGACGAGGAAAAGAUCAAGGCCAUUCGAGACUGGCCUAGUCGAGGUGAGAAGCUUUCACGGCCUGGCCGGGUUCUAUCGAAGGUUCGUCCAGAACUUCAGCUCUAUAGCUACCCCUCUUACCCAAGUAUUGGUGCUGUUUUGAUACAGGAUAUGAAACCUAUUGCUUAUUUCAGUGAGAAGGUUGGAGGAGCUACUCUCAAAUAUCCCACCUAUGACCAAGAACUGUAUGCUUUGGUCCGAGCCCUUCAGACGUGGCAGCACUACCUUUGGCCUAAGGAGUUCGUCAUUCAUACGGAUCACCAGUCUCUGAAACAUCAUAAGGGCCAGCAGAAGUUGAACAAAAGGCAUGCCCGUUGGGUCGAGUUCAUUGAGACCUUCCCUUAUGUAAUCAAGUACAAGCAAGGUAAGGAAAACGUGGUGACUGGUGCCUUGUCCAAAAGGUAUGUUCUUCUGUCCACUCUUGAGACCAAGUUGCUUGGGUUUGAGUUUAUCAAAGACUUGUAUGAAACUGAUCCAGACUUCAAGGAAGUUUUCAGAAAAUGUUCCAAGGGAAUCUCAUGGAGGAGGCUUGAUGGGACAUUUCAGAAUCUAGAAAACCUACAAGGUGGUUUAUGA